AUGCUAGGCGAUAUAACACGUGAAAAUAGGUUUACAAGAGAUACAUCUGGAAUAGCUAUGUGGUCAAAACCAUUUCAAUUAAAAAUUGGCAACAACGAAACGUUAGCAGUUAUAUUAAUGGACACUGAAGGUUUUUUUGACGCAGAUUCGACGAUGGAAGAUUACACAAGGAUUUUUGCUUUGUCUAGUUUGUUGUGUUCCGUUCAGAUAUAUAACCUCGUUGAAAGGCUGCAGUUAGACUUUAUGAAACAGGUGGAAAUCUUUAAGCAAUAUGGAUUUUACGCAACACUUAGUGGAAAAGCAAAACCAUUUCAGAAUCUCGUUUAUCUGAUUCGAGAUUGGCCUAACAAGGCGGAAUAUAACUAUGGAGUUGUUGGCGGACGCACAUAUUUACGUAGAUGUACUGAGAGCGGUUCAAAAGAAAUUCAAAAAAUCUGUAAUAAUGUGGAAAACUGUUUUGAAACAGUUUCUUGUUUUUUGAUGCCUCACCCAGGUUUGGAAGUUGCUGAAGCUGAAGAGCCCUUUCGUUGUCUAGAAAUCAAAAAUGAUUUCCUGGAUGAAGUGCGCUCAUUUACAAAGUGGAUUUUAUCGAAAGAUCAUUUAAUUGUCAAAAAAAUUGGUGGUGCAGAAGUUACCUGUAGGGAGCUAUUGCGACUGUUUAUUGCACUUACUGAACUGUUUAACAAUAAUAGUGCUCCACCGCCAAAAGUCCUGUUUGAGCGAAUGGAAGAAGUUAUGUUUGAAUCAGCACUUGACGAGUGCAGGAAUUUCUACAGAAGAAAAGUGAGCGAGUUUUGCAACUUACACUUUGAAGGGAGAGAAACUGUGGAUCUUGAACAUCUCUAUCUCAUGCAUUUAAAAAAGAACGACGAAAGAGCCACUAUUGCCGAAUUUGAAGAAUUUAAUAAACGGUUAAAAUCUGACGCUAUAGAAAUAUUCAAAAAAAACGUUCGAGGUGUAAAAUCUGGAGUUUUCGAAAUCUUUGUCAAAACACUGGAGAACUACGCCGAGGAUGAACUCGAUAAAAUGAAGUUAAAUGUAAAAGAAAAUGCUAUGAAAUUAGAACGAGCGCUGAAAAUUGUUGGUGAAUGUGAGACUUAUUACGGCGAAGAGAUAAAAAAUGAUUUACUGAAGCAUGGAUUGCAAAGUACAGCUGUCAAUUUAGAACAACUUUAUUGCAUGUAUUCAAAAAUGGAAGAAGCUGGCAACAAUUUUGAGGUUUUAAAGCGACAGCAUAACAAAGAAAAACGUGCAGCUCUAAAGAAAUUUGAAGAAAGGAUCCAAUCCGUCUCUGAUGGAUUGCGAACAGAUUGGGUUAAGAAACUCGAAGAGCAAAUUGAGGUUUUUUUUUCAUCGUUUCUGAAAUUUCUUUCGAUUACUUGGUCAUCUGUUAUACCGUAAAC